UGCGGGUGAGCGCUAAGAAUAGCCCGGCCGCUGAAAUGUGAGGGGUCACAAACACUGGAUAAAAAGGCUGGUGCGACGUGCAGUCGGCGUCGCGGAAUUAAACCGGAUCCUCUCCUCUAACUGUCUUCUCUUCCCCAGCGGAUCUCACAGACACAGAGUCACCAUGCCUCACUCCUACCCUUUCCUCACUCCUGAGCAGAAGAAGGAGCUCUCUGACAUUGCUCACAAGAUCAUCGCCCCCGGCAAGGGCAUCCUCGCCGCCGACGAGUCCACAGGCAGCGUUGCUAAGCGCUUCCAGAGCAUCAACACAGAGAACACUGAGGAGAACAGGAGGCUGUACCGUCAGCUCCUCUUCACCGUCGACAAGGAGGCCGAUGCCUACAUUGGCGGCGUCAUCCUCUUCCACGAGACCCUCUACCAGAAGGCCGACAGUGGCAAGACCUUCGGCCAGGUCAUCAAGGACAGGGGCUGGGUCGUGGGCAUCAAGGUUGACAAAGGUGUCGUUCCCCUGGCCGGAACCAACGGAGAGACCACAACCCAGGGUCUGGACGGUCUGUACGAGCGUUGUGCCCAGUACAAGAAGGACGGCUGUGACUUCGCCAAAUGGCGUUGCGUUCUGAAGAUCACCCCCACCACCCCCUCCAGCCUCGCCAUCAAGGAGAACUGCAAUGUGCUCGCUCGCUACGCCAGCAUCUGCCAGAUGCACGGUAUUGUGCCCAUUGUUGAGCCUGAGAUUCUCCCCGAUGGUGACCACGACCUGAAGAGAUGCCAGUACGUCACAGAGAAGGUCCUUGCUGGCAUGUACAAGGCUCUGUCCGAGCACCAUGUGUACCUGGAGGGCACUCUGCUGAAGCCCAACAUGGUCACCGCCGGACACUCCUGCUCCCACAAGUACAACACCGGAGAGAUCGCCAUGGCAACAGUCACCGCCCUGCGUCGCACCGUGCCCCCCGCAGUCCCAGGCGUCACCUUCCUGUCUGGAGGCCAGAGUGAGGAGGAGGCAUCAGUGAACCUGAACUCCAUGAACAAGUGCCCCCUGCACCGGCCCUGGGCCCUGAGCUUCUCCUACGGCCGCGCACUGCAGGCCUCUGCCCUCAAGGCUUGGGGCGGCAAGAAGGAGAACGGCAAGGCCUGCCAGGCUGAGCUCAUGAAGAGAGCCGUUGCCAACAGCAAGGCUGCCACUGGCAAGUACGAGGGUGGCGGAGCUGGUGCCGCCGCUGGCGACUCUCUCUUCGUGGAGAACCACGCCUACUAGAGCGGGCACACCCCUCCUCCACAGCCCCGCCCCUCACCCCCCGCAACCAAGGCCACGUGCCCGAAGGCUCCAGAUGUGUGUGGAAGCAUCGUCGCCCCUUCUCUGUGGUCAAGUCACGUCACUGCCCUCUUGCCCUGGCAUGAGAGCGAGGGAGACCCUUGGAGCACCUGCCCAGGCCGGUGCCUGGUCUGCCCUGAGGAUCCGGAAUACAUCUGCCUCCAUUCCCUGGCACAGGCGCUCACGCGCUCCUGAUUGUGCCGAACGUCCCCUUUCACUGUUCCUUUUUUUCUUAACAAUACAUUUUUUUGUUUUGUUUUCAUUGGAGAGUACCUCUGUGGUUGAUUGUUAAUAAAUAGGCCAUGGAAUAAAGUACCUUUCUUCCAA